AUGGAGGUGCCGGCGGGGGAGCCCCCGGCCCGGGGCUGCGGUCCCCCGCCCGUGCCCGCCCCGGAGAGGAAGAAGAGCCACCGCGCGCCGUCGCCGGCCCGGCCCAAGGACGUGGCCGGCUGGUCUCUGGCCAAGGGCCGCCGCGGCCCAGGCCCGGGCGCCGCAGCCGCCUGCAGCGCCGCGUCCUCCGCGCGGCCGGACAAGAAGGGGCGCGCGGUGGCGCCCGGGGCGCGGAGCGCGGGGACACGAGUGGCCGGGGUCCGCACCGGGGUUCGCGCCAAGGGCCGCCCGCGCCCCGGUACCGGGCCGCGCCCGCCGCCCCCGCCGCCCAGCCUCACCGACAGCAGCUCGGAGGUGUCGGACUGUGCGUCGGAGGAGGCGCGCUUGCUGGGCCUGGAGCUGGCGCUGAGCAGCGACGCCGAGUCGGCGGCCGGGGGCCCGGCGGGGGCCCGCACGGGGCAGCCGCCCCAGCCCGCGCCGCCCGCACAGCAGCCCCCGAGGCCGCCCGCCUCCCCGGAUGAGCCGUCGGUGGCCGCGUCGUCGGUGGGCAGCAGUCGCCUGCCGCUCAGUGCGUCGCUCGCCUUCUCCGACCUCACCGAGGACAUGCUGGACUGCGGGCCCGGCGGCUUCGUGCGAGAGCUGGAGGAGCUGCGCUCGGAGAACGACUAUCUCAAGGACGAGAUCGAGGAGCUUCGGGCCGAGAUGCUGGAGAUGCGGGACGUCUACAUGGAGGAGGAUGUGUAUCAGCUGCAGGAGCUGCGGCAGCAGCUGGACCAGGCCAGCAAGACCUGCCGCAUUCUGCAGUACCGUCUGCGCAAGGCCGAGCGCCGCAGCCUCCGAGCCGCACAGACGGGCCAGGUGGAUGGGGAGCUCAUCCGUGGGCUGGAGCAGGACGUCAAGGUCUCUAAGGACAUCUCCGUGCGGCUGCAUAAGGAGCUCGAGGCGGUGGAGAAGAAACGGGCGCGGCUGGAGGAGGAGAACGAGGAGCUUCGGCAGCGGCUCAUCGAGACCGAGCUGGCCAAGCAGGUGCUGCAGACGGAGCUGGAACGGCCGAGAGAGCAUUCCUUGAAGAAAAGAGGAACCCGCUCCCUGGGGAAGACAGACAAGAAGACUUCGGUGCAGGAGGACAGCGCGGACCUGAAGUGCCAGCUGCACUUUGCAAAGGAGGAGUCAGCCCUCAUGUGCAAGAAGCUCACCAAGCUCGCCAAGGAGAACGACUGCAUGAAAGAGGAGCUGCUCAAGUACCGCUCGCUCUACGGCGAUCUGGACAGUGCCCUGUCCGCCGAGGAGCUGGCCGAUGCGCCCCACUCCCGGGAGACCGAGCUGAAGGUGCACCUGAAGCUGGUGGAGGAGGAAGCCAACCUGCUGAGCCGCCGCAUCGUGGAGCUGGAGGUGGAAAACCGAGGCCUGCGGGCGGAGAUGGAUGACAUGAAGGAUCACGGCGGCGGCGGAGGCGGCGGCGGCGCGGAGGCGCGCCUGGCCUUCUCGGCGCUGGGGGGCGGCGAGUGCGGGGAAAGCCUGGCGGAGCUGCGGCGACACCUGCAGUUUGUGGAGGAGGAGGCCGAGCUGCUCCGGCGCUCCUCGGCAGAGCUGGAGGAGCAGAACAAGCUGCUGCUCACCGAGCUGGCCAAGUACCGCUCGGAGCACGAGCUGGACGUGACGCUGUCGGAGGACAGCUGCUCCGUGCUCAGCGAGCCCUCGCAGGAGGAGCUGACAGCCGCCAAGCUGCAGAUCGGCGAGCUCAGCGGCAAGGUCAAGAAGCUGCAGUACGAGAACCGGGUGCUGCUCUCCAACCUCCAGCGCUGUGAUCUUGCCUCCUGCCAGAGCACGCGGCCCAUGCUGGAGACGGACGCCGAGGCCGGGGACUCUGCCCAGUGUGUGCCCGCGGCUCUUGGCGAGGCCCACAGCCCCCACGCUGCCCGGCUCUGCAGAGCCAGGGAGGCCGAGGCGCUGCCUGGGCUGAGGGAGCAGGCUGCCCUGGUCAGCAAGGCCAUCGAUGUCCUGGUAGCCGACGCCAAUGGCUUCUCGGCCGGCCUCCGCCUGUACCUGGACAACGAGUGUGCUGACUUUCGGCUGCAUGAGGCCCCUGACAACAGCGAGGGUCCCAGGGACACCAAGCUCAUCCAUGCCAUCCUGGUGCGGCUGAGCAUGCUCCAGCAGGAGCUCAAUGCCUUCACGCGGAAGGCGGACGCCGUGGUCGGGAGCUCUGCCAAGGAGCAGCCAGAGCCCUUCCCCGCGCUGCCUGCCUUGGGCUCCCAGGGGCCCUCCAAGGAGAUUCUUUUGGCCAAAGACCUUGGCUCAGACUUCCAGCCGCCUGACUUCAGGGAUCUGCCGGAAUGGGAGCCCAGGAUACGAGAGCCCUUCCGCAGUGGUGACUUGGACUCCAAGCCUGACCCCGGCCGGAACUUCAGGCCUUACCGAGCCGAAGACAAUGAUUCCUACGCCUCUGAGAUCAAGGAGCUGCAGUUGGUGCUGGCCGAGGCCCACGACAGCCUCCGGGGCCUGCAAGAGCAGCUCUCCCAGGAGCGGCAGCUACGGAAGGAGGAGGCCGAAAACUUCAACCAGAAAAUGGUCCAGCUGAAGGAGGACCAGCAGAGGGCGCUCCUGAGGCGGGAGUUUGAGCUGCAGAGUCUGAGCCUCCAGCGGAGGCUGGAGCAGAAAUUCUGGAGCCAGGAGAAGAACAUGCUGGUGCAGGAGUCCCAGCAGUUCAAGCACAACUUCCUGCUGCUCUUCAUGAAGCUCAGGUGGUUCCUCAAGCGUUGGCGGCAGGGCAAGAUUUUGCCCAGCGAGGGGGAUGACUUCCUUGAGGUAAAUAGCAUGAAGGAGCUGUACCUGCUAAUGGAGGAAGAGGAAUUAAAUGCCCAGCAUUCAGAUAACAAGACCUGUGCAGGGGACAGCUGGACCCAAAACACGCCCAACGAGUAUAUCAAGACACUGGCCGACAUGAAGGUGACGCUGAAGGAGCUGUGCUGGCUGCUUCGGGAUGAACGCCGUGGUCUGACCGAGCUCCAGCAGCAGUUUGCCAAGGCCAAGGCCACCUGGGAGACGGAGCGGGCAGAGUUGAAGAGCCAUACUGCCCAGAUGGAGCUGAAGGCUGGCAAGGGGGCUGGGGAGCGGGCAGCCUUGCAGCGGGAGCGUGAGGAGCAGCAGCACCUGCUGGCUGAGUCCUACAGCGCCGUCAUGGAGCUGACGCGGCAGCUGCAGAUCAGUGAGCGCAACUGGAGCCAGGAGAAGCUGCAGCUGGUGGAGCGGCUUCAGGGUGAGAAGCAGCAGGUGGAGCAGCAGGUGAAGGAGCUGCAGAACCGCCUGAGCCAGCUGCAGAAGGCCGCUGAACCCUGGAUCCUGAAGCACUCAGACCUGGAGAAGCAGGACAAUAACUGGAAAGAGACACGGAAUGAGAAGAUUCUCGACAAGGAGGCGGUUUCUGAAGCUGACCUUGGGGGCACCGCCUUAAAAAGGACCAAAUCUGUUUCCUCCAUGUCUGAGUUUGAAAGUUUGCUUGACUGUUCCCCCUACCUUGCCGGGGACGCGGCCCGCGGUAAGAAGCUGCCCAACAACCCUGCCUUUGCCUUUGUGGGCACCCAGCCGGUGGACCCGGAGAAGGAUGCCCAGGAGCAGCCAGGGCUCUCGCCGCGGGACUGCAACCGCCUGGGCACCCUGGGCUGCCAGGAGCCGGCGGGGAGGCAGAUGCAGCGCAGCUACACGGCCCCCGACAAGACGGGCAUCCGUGUGUACUACAGCCCCCCGGUGGCCCGGCGCCUGGGCGUCCCCGUGGUCCACGACAGGGAGGGCAAGAUCAUCAUCGAGCCCGGCUUCCUCUUCACCACGGCCAAGCCCAAAGAGUCGGCUGAGGCCAACGGGCUGGCCGAGAGCUCCUACAGCCGGUGGCUCUGCAACUUCUCACGGCAGCGCUUGGACGCAGGCUCGGGGGGCAGCCCGUCGGCGCCAGGGCCUGGCUUCCCAGCGGCCCUGCACGACUUUGAGAUGUCUGGCAACAUGAGCGACGACAUGAAGGAGAUCACCAACUGCGUGCGCCAGGCCAUGCGCUCGGGCUCACUGGAGAGGAAAGUGAAGAGCACGUCCAGCCAGACGGUGGGCCUGACCAGCGUGGGCACGCAGACCAUCCGCACCGUCAGCGUGGGCCUGCAGACCGACCCCCCCCGCAGCAGUCUCCACAGCAAGAGCUGGUCACCCCGCAGCUCCUCGCUCGUGUCCGUGCGCAGCAAGCAGAUCUCCUCCUCCCUGGACAAGGUGCACUCGCGCAUUGAGCGGCCGUGCUGCUCCCCCAAGUAUGGCUCGCCGAAGCUCCAGAGGCGGUCAGUGUCCAAGCUGGACAGCGCCAAGGACCGCAGCCUCUGGAACCUGCACCAGGGCAAGCAGAACGGCUCGGCCUGGGCCCGCUCCACCACCACACGGGAUAGCCCCGUGUUGAGGAACAUCAACGAUGGGCUGUCCAGCCUCUUCAGUGUGGUGGAGCACUCGGGGAGCACAGAGUCUGUCUGGAAACUGGGCAUGUCCGAGGCCCGGGCCAAGCCCGAGCCUCCAAAGUAUGGCAUCGUGCAGGAGUUCUUCCGUAAUGUGUGUGGCCGGGCGCCAAGCCCCACCUCUGCGGCAGGGGAGGAGAGCACCAAGAAGCCGGAGCCCCUCUCCCCUGCCAGCUACCAUCAGCCAGAGGGCAUGGCCAGGAUCCUGAACAAGAAGGUAGCCAAGUCAGGCGGCAGCGAGGAGGCCAGACUCUCGGUGCUCCCCCAGGUGGGGAAGGAUGGUAUCCCCCGGGAGGGAGAUGGAGCCACAGCCCUUCCCAACGAGGAUGCUGUCUGUGACUGUAGCACCCAGUCUCUCACCUCCUGCUUCGCCCGGCCGUCCCGCUCUGCCCUCCGCCACUCUCCUUCCAAAUGCCGGCUGCACCCUUCAGAGUCCGGCUGGGGUGGGGAGGAGAGGGCAGCUCCCCCCAGCGAGUGACAGAGCAGCCGGGCUCCCCACCUCAACCAGCCCAGUCCCUGCAUUGCCGAAGGGAACCCGUGAGGAGGAGCCGAGGCAAGGGGCCCAUGCCCCCAGCAUUGUCUUGCCCUGGAUGGACAGCAGCUACACCACUGCCAGAGAACAGCUUUCCCAUCCAGGUAAAGCGGGGUCUCCUGCUGACUGCUGGGUGGUGAUUCUGGACUUCCCAGGGGAAGGCAGUCAGUGGGAGAAAGACCACACCUAGGCGUUGGAGGUGGCUCCAGAGGGAUCCCUUGGGAGCCAGUCCAUUCGGAGAGCCUCGCCUGAUUCUGCCCACAGUCACUUCUCAGAAGAGCCAAGGAAAGGAUACACUUCUGGCGGUGCUCCUCAGGGAAAAGCGCUCACAGAUGUUCCCUGCCAACCAUGUCCUCCUUCAUGGGGAGGAAACACCGAUGACAAGAACGUGGGGUUCCUGGUGGAGCUGAGCUGGGCAUCAUCCCCAUCCCUUCCUUCCCUCCACCACGUCCUCCUCCCAGCCCCACUGCUCUGGAUCACUGUGGCCCUAGGGGGUAUGAUAGGGCAGUAGCCAGGGCCAGGUUAUCGGCCUGGAAUCCUGGGGCGCUGGAUCUCCCUGCCCAUAGCCUGGAUGCAGCAAGGA